UCAGUGGACCGCCAUAUCAGCCAGCAGGCCACGGCUUCAACCAAUCCCACAAUGCACAGCUCGUCAUGCUAGAAUACAACAACGGGGCAUCUCUGCCACCCAGCACAAAUUCUCAGCCUCGCCAUCUCGAGCUCCUGUGAGAAGAGCCCUCCAUGAUGGCUCUAUCUCCCCCACGAUUGCACGCUUUGGGUUUAAGAACACAUCCCAGAGGCAGAUCCCCACACGAUCUAAAAGGCUUUCGACGACAAAGGCCCCAGUAGAUGGCGCAAUGGAGCAGCAUAGGCAGGCUGUCGAUGCCAUCUCUGCCAGUGUCCGCGACUACCAUUCCCGCGGCGAGAAAUUCCGCAUCUUCCACGGCUCGACGAAUAGUACUCGACCGAACCUGAAGAAGAAUCUGGUCGAUACAAGCAAGCUCUCAAAUGUCUUGCACGUCGACACGGAGAGGAAAACAUGUCUGGUUGAGCCCAAUGUACCAAUGGACCGGCUGGUUGAGGCAACCUUGAAAUAUGGGCUUGUUCCACCAGUUGUCAUGGAGUUUCCGGGUAUAACUGUCGGAGGUGGAUAUUCGGGAACAAGUGGCGAGAGCAGUUCGUUCAAGCAUGGCUUCUUCGAUCAGACGAUUAAUUGGGUCGAGAUGGUUCUAGCAGACGGAGAAGUCGUCCGGUUGUCUCCUCAAGAGAAGGCUGACCUGUUCCACGGAGCUGCGGGGGCAGUCGGAACAUUUGGGGUGACAACUUUGGUCGAACUGCGCCUGCAGGAUGCCAAGAAAUUCGUCGAGACGACAUAUCAUCCUGUGUCCAGCAUGAAGGAGGCUAUUUCCAAAUCGAAAGAGUUCACUGCGGAAGGCUCGACGUACGAUUAUGUGGAUGGGAUCAUGUUCUCCAAAAGCCAUGGAGCUAUCAUUACUGGUCGACUUACAGAUACCCCAAGAGCAGAUGCACCCAUUCAAAACUUCAGCGCAGCGAGCGAUCCGUGGUUCUAUCUGCACGUCCAAGAAGCCAUAAAUAUGUCGUUCGAGGCCACCACAGAAGCUAUUCCCCUCCCAGAAUAUCUCUUUCGAUACGAUCGGGGCGGGUUCUGGGUCGGAGCUUCGGCAUUCGACUACUUCAAAUUCCCAUUCAACAAAUUCACUCGGUGGUGGCUCGAUGACUUCUUACACACACGCAUGAUGUAUACGGCUCUCCAUGCCAGUGGGCAGUCUAAGAAAUACGUCGUGCAGGACCUCGCCCUACCUUACUCCACAGCUGAAGCGUUUGUGGAUUACACCCACGAGGAGUUUGGCAUCUAUCCUCUCUGGCUCUGUCCUCUGAAGCAGAGUCCAUAUCCGACCAUGCAUCCACACUUCGUCCCCUCGUCGUCGAACGCCGCGAAGUCACCAAACAAGGCCGAGAGUCUCGAGCCAAUGCUUAACAUCGGUCUCUGGGGCCACGGACCAGAAGAUCAUUCAGAAUUCAUCCGCAAGAAUCGGGCUUUGGAACGCAAACUCCAGGAACUCGGCGGCAUGAAGUGGCUGUACGCACACACCUACUACGGCGAAGAUGAAUUCUGGUCGCAGUUUGACCGGCCGUGGUAUGAGGCCCUCAGGGCUAAAUACAAAGCACAGGGCUUGCCAAGCGUGUAUGAGAAAGUCAAGGUUGAUGUUGGUGGGGAAGUCACAGCAGGUACAGAGAUGAGCUUGGCUGAAAAGAUGAGGACUAUGUGGCCAUUUGGCGGGUUUUACGGGAUUUGGAUGGCGAUCAAGAGUAGGAGUUAUGUAGCUGCGAGGAAGAGUUCCUGGAAGGAGUAUAGGAAGGUUGAUGUGAUAGACAAAUAGACAUAUGCAUGGGUCGAUUUCUGUAGCUACCUUUAGUACAUACCUGUACGAUUUAAG